CUCUCUUCCUUCACCCAUUAGAGGGUUUUUUUUUUUGGUGCCACCCAACUUUUGAUCACUAAAACAUAAUAUAAACCCUAAUUCAAUCCCAUGGCAGGAUUAAAGAGAAAGUUCAACAAAGGACACGCUUUUACAAGCAAAUGUGUUUCCUUGGUGAAGGAACAACGAGCUCGUCUCUACAUUCUCCGCCGUUGUGCCACCAUGCUUUGCUGCUGGUACAUCCAUGGCGAUGAGUAGAGAGAACCAUUUGACUCCUCCUUCAAAUUAACCUUUACAUAUUAGUAUAUGUAUAUAUACCCCCUCCCCUCUCCAUGUCUCCUUCUUGAAGCUCCAUUGAUGUGAAGCUCUCCGUUGGUGUUGGUGGCUGCUUGGUUGCAUGGCUUGAACCCUAUCCUAGAAGGCUAGAACUUUUGAUUCUCUCUCUUCAUUUGGUGCAAUAACCCUUCAAAAUCUUGUUACUUUUUUUAACCUAAAGAAUCAAUCUUUUGGUUUUUAUUUUCAUGGGUUAUUUUACAUCAAUUGAAAGAGAGAGAUUUUAUCCGCCGAUUGAGCUGGUGGAGUUUAGAAGAAGUUAUGUAAGAAAACGAGUUGAAAUCUUUGGGAAGUUUUGGAUUUAGUUUCAUUUUGACCAAAGAAAUCUCUUCUGGUUGUGUAAGAUCUUGUUUGAUUGUUGCCUCUAGUUGUAAUAAUAAUGCGACGAACAAACUAGUCAAAAGAAUAAAACUAUAAUUUUGGCAAAA